CCACAGCACCAGUGGAGCGAGAGCAUUGAACUGGGUCGGACAGAUUCCAGGCCAACAGAACCAAGAUGUUCACAAGGAUCAGCAGACCUACCAGCCCCAUCAGCUGAAUGUCCCUGAUGAUCUGGAACACAACCAGACGCAGGGUGAAGAGCAGGAAACCGAAUGCCAGGAGGAUGCCAGAGGAGAGCAGGGUCCAGACCACGGCACACAACACCGGAGAGAGCGACCGUCUCGGCAGCUCCUCUGCCGGCUACACCCAAACACACACACAAUGAUAGCGCAAGCACACACUUUGUUAGGGGUCAAUGUGUCUGUGUUCACGUCCAGGAACAUUAGGAACUUAACUGUCCCUUUAAAAGGGGGGUUGGAGUGACCCGGUCCAUAAAUAUGAGGCGGGGAUAGGCAUGCUGUCACUUUCUAAAUAGAAACUAACAGCCGAGAGCCCCUCUCUACAAGCUUUUCUUCAGCCCCGUUGUCUCUUGCACUGCUGUGGCCAUUCUAAACACACAUAGUCAUGGCUUUGGCUGGAGCUCUGUUGUCGGAGGAGUCCUUCCUGUGCCCUAUCUGUUUGGAUGUCUUCUCCCACCCCGUCACCACCCCAUGCGGGCACAACUUCUGCAAGAACUGCCUGCAGGGCUACUGGACCACCUCCAGCGUCUGCCAGUGUCCCAUGUGUAAGCAGAAGUUUUACAGACGACCCGAGCUCAAAGUCAACACCUUCGUAUCAGAGAUGGCCUCCCAGUUCCAGAAGUCUGUGGAGCUGAGGUCCUCUGGUUCUCUCCGGGACCAGACCCCAGCCCAGACUGGGGAGGUGGCCUGUGACGUGUGCACAGGAAGCAGGGUCAGGGCCCUGAGCUCCUGUCUGGACUGCCUGGCUUCCUACUGUGAGACCCACCUGGAGCCUCACCUGGUGCUGCCCUCUUUCAAGAAGCACCAGCUCAUUAGCCCGUUACUGACCAUGGCAGACAGGAUGUGUCACAAGCACGAGCGGCUUUUGGAGCUGUUCUGUCAAACGGACCAGACUUAUCUGUGCCAGGUAUGUGCCCGGAGAGAGCACAGGGGCCACUGCACGGUGACCCUGGAGGAGGAGAGCAGGCUGAGGAGCGCGCAGUUGGGACAGGCGGAAGCAGAGGUGCGGAACAUGAUCCAAGGCCGCCAGCAGCAGGUGAGAGACAUCCGAAAGACGGUCCAGCUCAGCAAGAGGAACGCGGAGAGGGAAGUGGAGGAGAGUCUUGAGGUGUUCUCCGCUCUGGUGCAAUGCCUCCUAAGGAGCCAGGCGGACCUUCUGAAAGCGAUCCAGGAGAAGAAGGAAGCUGCGGAGAGGAGGGCCGAGGGGCUCGUCAAAGACCUGGAGCAGGAGAUCUCUGAGCUCCAGAGGAGGAGCACUGAGCUUGAGCAGCUCUCCCACACAGAGGACCACCUCUACCUGCUCCACAACCUCCAAAGGCCGGGCGCCCCGCAGCGCAGCAGGAAGUGGGCGGGGUUGGGGGUGCACGGCGUGUUGUUUGUGGGUACGGUGAGGAGAGCGGUGCGCAGGGCUACCCUCCAGCUGGAGGAAGCUGUGCGGGUGGAGGUGAAGAGGCUGUGUGGCAUAGAACUGGGGAGGGCCCAGGAAUGUGAGGUGGAUGUCACCUUGGACCCCGACACCGCCCACCCCAAACUGUUCCUUUCCGACAAUGGCAAGCAGGUCCGACACGGAGACAAAACACUUACUCUCCUUGACGGCCCUGCCAGGUUCUUCCCAGGCAUCAGCGUGCUGGGCAGGCAGGGCUUCUCCUCUGGGAGGUUCUACUUUGAGGUGCAGGUGAAAGGCAAGGUGGAGUGGGACGUUGGGGUGGGGAAGGAGUCAGUCAACCGGAAGGGGGGGAACACCUUGAGCCCAGAGAGUGGCUAUUGGACCCUGGGCCUGAGGAAUGGUAAGGACUAUUGGGCCCUCACCCCCACCCCUGUGCCCCUUCCUCUGAUAGACAAGCCCAAGACAGUGGGGGUAUAUGUAGACUGGGAGGAGGGGCAGGUGUCCUUCUAUGAUGUGGAAUCUUGUUCUCAUAUCUACUCCUUCACGGGCUACUCCUUCGCUGAGAAACUCUUGCCCUACUUCAACCCCCAUCAGAAUAAAGGAGGAGUCAAUUCGGCCCCAUUGAUUAUCUCCCCUGUCAAUCACACCUGAGACUCCCCCUCUCAAGGAACAUACUUUAGUUUGUAUUAUUUACAAUAGUAUCUAGAGAAGAGUGUAAAACUUUCGGAUCUUCCUACUGUAGUUAAUGUAAUAAAUAUGUUUUGAAGGAA